GAGUGGGAGAGGCGCGAAUCUGCGCGCGGUGGGAUCGCGGUUUGCUUCCGUGAGCCGAACGUGUUUACUAAACAACUUACCGCACUACACAUGCAGACAUCGCUCAUUUUAAAAAAGGGGAUUGAACGAUAAGCCGAGGUUCAACGCCAAGUGAGUCUCCGUAAGCGGGGUCUGAACCCUGCCCGACUGUGAGCAUGAGCGAGGAGGAGGCGGAGGCGCGGGAGACGCCUCACUGCGCCACGUGCCGGCGGAGCGCCCUGGAGGGCCGCGCGCACUCCUUCACACGCGCACACGCGCGCCAUGUGCACGCAGAGAUGAAACGCCUGCGUGCAAAGGUGGAACUUGCUGUCCGUGAGCUGCCGACGCCUCGCGUGUUUACUGUGCAGCCGGGAGCGGCGGCUGAGGGAGACAAGGGUCAGGGAGACGAGGGCGACCGUGCGUUCUGGUGCCCCACGUGCCGUAUCAGUGCCCGCAUGCACGCACGGGACGGGAGGCUCGUGGUGGCACUGGCGGGCACCGUGCAGCACCUUGCCAGCCCAGAUCAUGAGCGGAGCAUCCACCGUUACUGGAAGGAAAAUCACCUGGAUCAAGGACUAAAGAAAAACUACCUCAUCACCCCCAUGCAGUGUAAUAAGUUCCUAACGGCUGCGGGUUUAGCUCUGUCUGCCUUCGAAGAGGAAGAGGAGAGACUUCUCAAAGAGGAGGCGGAAUUAAUCAGGCAGCAAGAAAAGAAGAGACAGGAGCUAAUGUCAUCGCUGAGCGAGGACUGGCCAGGAGUGACUCCACUGAGUUCAAUGGAUCCCAGUGCACAGUCUGAAUUGCAUGCAUCAGAUUCUUCAGGACCCAUGUCCACUCAUGUCCACAAGGUGCUUGAGAAGCCCAGGGGAAACAUCCAUACAGGUGCAACGCCUCCUUGGCUGAUGGAUGACGAUGGUGGUGGCACAAAUGGUGGUGAUCGUGGCGGUGAUGAUGACACCAAAGAACAGAGGGACGUGAAGGCACCUAUGAUCGGGCCUUCAUAUGAGGCCUUCCUCCAUCACCGUGCUCAGUCACGCCAGACGCCUCUCCCUCCCGGCCGUGUCGGGGCCACGUUUGACCGCUUGGCCGCCGCCAGUGAUCCCGCGUGGCUCCCGCAAUUCAGCAAUGCCUGGAACACGGGCAGGCGUGGCCCCCAGCGGUUAAGGCACCAGAAGAAGAGAGAUUGGCGUGGUGAGGAGUGGGAGAAUGGUCACAAUGGCUCAUGAUUCUCUUUAACUUAGGCGAGCAUGUCUGUUGGAUAAUCUGGGGCAAGAGUUCUGCCAUCAUUCUUAUAUUUAUGUUGGGAUUUGUGAUUAAUUAUAGUUGACUUAAAGAGACUCAUAUUUAAGUGAAAAUAUCAGAAACCACCAGCCACAGCAACCAAUCUCAUAGAAUCCUCUAAACAAAAUAAAAAUGUUUUGUUUUCCCUGAAAAAUAACUCUUAUUCUCCCUGAUAAGACUGGCUUUCGAACCUGAUUUAUAAUCGUGUUGCUAGAUUUUUUUCACGUGACAUGUAUGGCUGUAACAUUUGAAACUCUUAAGGCAACACAUUUUUCUGUUGAAACACUUUCAUAAUGCACACACCAUGACUAGUAUAUUCCUUAUAGCCAAUAAACUUCAAACCAAGAUCAAGUGAAUUAUGUGACUAAAUGACACGUUUUGUGACGACUUGAAGCUGCAUUCAUUCCUCUGCUGCACAAUUGACAAUUACAGUUAUCCUAUUCUCACUUGCUUUUUAAAAUUGAAACUUGACUGUACAUUUUGUUGAUGUUACUAUGAGAAAUGUGUUCCAGCUUUGCAGUACUUAUUUAUUAUGUAUUUUUUAUUUAAGAAACCCUAUUGAAUGUAAAGUAUUUUUGAAGAGUUUUUGAAUGUGUGGCCCACUGCUUUAAUGAUUUAUUUUUGGGGGAGAGCUUGAGUUUUUGAAAAAAAACGCACGCAGGGAAACCAGGCAAGGCAGACCUGGUCCCAGGGGCACUCGACCUUAAACUUUAGAAAAUGUUUUUUUUUUUAAUAUGCCGUGUGUAAUGAGACGUUACAUGUGAUGCCAUAACCUUGUUUAUAAAUAAUUGAACUUAAACCGUUUAAGCCCAGUGACGUGUGCAAAACAAAGGUCACGUUCUCUGAGAAACUUGGGGAUAUACGUUGGGAAUGACACAGUUGUAACACGGCAGACGAUAAAUUCAUAGUCUGACGGCGAUUGAAAAUGGAGCGGGACCGAUGAACCAGAAUUACUUUAUUAUUUUAUGAUUGAUAGUGCGUUAAACACUGCGGCACCGCGACCCACCCUACCCCCUCCUGUUUAUACUGUAAAUGUAAACAUGAGAAACGUUAAGGGUCGGGCAAUGUCUGCCGUGCGCCUGGGUUAUCUGGAGACGUCGCCUCCAAUAAAAACAACGCAGACUCCUUCACAUGUGCACCUUCGUAUAGAAUAUAUGCACGUAUUUUGAGCAUGCACACAAUCUGUAGGUGCAUUUUAAUAAGCAAUGUUUGGACCGGUUUUGAAAUUCAGUGUCAGGCUGUCUUUGUCCAAUCAUCAACAUCCAGAAGGACCCUAGUUAAGACGGAAAACGAAUACAUAACAAACUAAUCAUUUUGAAUGUGGCGGGACAUUGAACGAGGCUUAUUGUCUGAUUAUUUAUUUUGUUACUUAUAUUCUCAACAACGACGCUUCUGAUUAUGCUGUGAUACCGAUCACCCAAUUAUGGGUGUCAUUCACACCUAUAUAAGACGAAUAAACCCAUUGUCCGCCA